ACUUCUUCUUCCUCUCUUCUUCCCUCCUUUUCCAAUAACCACGUUAAUUAGAUAUCAAAAAUGGCUGACGAAGACCACACCUUUGAAACCGCUGAUGCCGGUGCCGCUUUAACCUUCCCAAUGCAAUGUUCUGCUUUAAGAAAGAACGGUCAUGUUGUCAUUAAGGGUAGACCAUGUAAGAUUGUUGAUAUGUCUACCUCUAAGACUGGUAAGCACGGUCACGCUAAAGUCCAUUUAGUUGCCAUUGAUAUUUUCACUGGUAAGAAAUUAGAAGAUUUAUCUCCAUCUACCCACAAUAUGGAAGUUCCAAAUGUUUCUAGAACUGAAUUCCAAUUAUUAGAUAUUGAUGAUGGUUUCUUAUCUUUAAUGACCCAAGAUGGUGACACCAAAGAUGAUGUCAAAGUCCCAGAAGGUGAAUUAGGUGAAAAAUUACAAUCUGAAUUCGAUGAAGGUAAAGAUUUAUUAGUCACUAUCAUCUCUGCCAUGGGUGAAGAAGCUGCUAUUUCUUACAAGGAAGCUCCAAAGGCUUAAGUUUAAUCUUUACUUAAUUUUUGACAUAUACAUAUAUCAUAUAAUAUUUCUUUGUUAUUAUUAUUCUAAUUAAUUAUUCGAGAACAAAGGGGAAAAGAAGAAAAAACUUAUGUUAUUAUAUUAUUAUUUAUAUAAAUGAUAAAUUUCCAAUGAUGGUAAUGAUGAAAUAAAUGAUAAUUAAAAAGAACUUAAAUUAAAUUUGUAUUUAAAAAAGGUCGAUCCAUUUGGAUUUUAAAUGGUUGCUAAAUUUAUAUCUUAUUAUUAUUGUUAUUAUUGUUAUUGUUUUUGUUAUUUAUGUUAUGUUAUUUUCUUUGCUAUUACUUUUUUUUAUUAGUACUGAU